GGCAGCUGUCACAGGUGGGAAGGCAGUUCUAUAAUACGGACAUUGAGGUGGAGAUCCUGUCCAAGGAGGAGACGGAGAAGAUGACCUACGUGGUCUACAAGAUGAACUUCGACAACGCGGCCUUCAAACACCGGAUGCCUCAGCUGAAGGCCGCGCCGGGCUACGAGAAGCUGCCCAUGAAGAAAGGAAUCAUCUUCGACAUGUUCCCCUUCAGCAUGAUCUUCCGGAGGGACAUGACCAUGUACCGCAUUGGCGAGGGGCUCAAAGAGGUCUUCUCGGAACUCCAAGGGAAGAAGGUGGACGAUGAAUUCACCCUGGUCCGCCCCAUGCUGGAGUUCAACUGGGAGAACAUCUACACCCACCUCAACAACGUCUUCGAGCUGAUGUCAAAGGCCGUGGUGGAGAGCAAGCAGAAGGUCAGCGCCGUCAAAGCCGACAGAGACCCCGAGGGCGACCACCUGAGUGACGCCGGGAGAGGUUGGUGCCGGGCCUGUUGCUAGGCGGGGGAGGGGAGGGUCUGCUGCUCACCGGGCCCAGCCUCUCGGGGAA